AUGGCGAUCUGUACUUAUAACGCACGUACGCUUGCAUCGGAAGCGGCCAUCGAAGAUCUGAUGAUGCAAGCCAAGAAGAUCAAGUACGACGUCAUCGGACUGACCGAGACGAGACGACGUCACCCUCUCAACGCCGUAUAUGAAACUGGAGAAGAACUGCUCUUGGGAACAUGCGACAGUAGAGGUGUUGGUGGAGUUGGCGUCCUCGUCAACACGAGUAUGGCAAAGAACAUCGACUCUUUUGAACAACUUACGACCCGAAUCGGACGUCUGCGGAUGAGAAGAUGUGGCCCAAUACCAGCUUUGACUAUCUUCGUCGUUUACGCUCCAACAUCAAGCUACGAAGAAGAUGAAGUCGAAGCUUUCUAUAUGGACCUGGAGAAGUUCUACCAAGAAGAUCAUGCCUUCUACAAGGUCAUAGUUGGCGAUUUCAACGCUAAGGUUGGCCCAAGAAGAACGCCGGAGGAACUUCACAUUGGGACCCACGGCCUACAGUGGAAUGACCAGGGGGAGGGGCUCUCCGAGUUCAUCAUGACGACUAAGACCAUCCAUGGGAACUCGCAAUUUCAGAAGCCCUCUUCUUUACGCUGGACGUGGGAGUCACCCGGUGGAGGGUACCGUAAUGAAAUAGACCACAUCAUCGUCAAUAAAAGGUUCUGCCUGACGGACGUCGGUGUUGUACCAAAGUUUUAUACGGGAUCGGACCAUCGCCUCCUCCGAGGAAGAUUUUCCUUCACAAGGAGAGCAGAGAAAGCCGCCAAGUUCAGAGAGAGAAAUCCCAGGACUACCAUCAACUGGGAUCUCUUCGCUACGCUAGCCGGCUUUUGGGAAGAUUCCGCAAUGGACAACAUUGACGAGGAAUAUGACCGGCUUGUCGAACACCUUCACGACUGCGCGAAGAAGGCUGAGAGUUUUAAAACCACCAAGAGGCGCCUGUUUCUUGAAACUCUUGAGUUGAUACGCCAGCGUGGAGCAGCACGAGCCGCAGAGAACCAAGAGCUCACGUCCGAGCUCGCAAGGCUUUGCCGAGAGGCGAUAAAGGAAGACCUUAAAGAGAGAAGAGCAGAAGUGCUGGCUGAAGCUGCAGAGGCGGGGAAAAGCAUCCGCUAUGCCCGUCGAAACUUCGCCAGUCGCAAGACGAGGAUGACUGCUCUCCGGAACCCAAAGGGAACAGCCAUUGCAUCGAGAAGGGGGAUGGAGAAAAUCAUCUACGACUUCUACUCUGAUCUCUUCGACAGCCAUGUCCACUUGCCUCCUCACCAUCUGAGGGAAGAUGGACAAGUCAUUCCAGAGAUUCUCCCGUCCGAAAUACGACAUGCUAUCAUGUCGGUAAGAAAUCGUACGGCACCCGGUCCCGACAGAAUAAGACCAAAACACCUGAAGAGCCUUCCGCCAGUACUCAUCAACACCCUGGCGAGGCUCUUUACACGUUAUCUGUCGGAAUGCAAGGUUCCUAAACAGUGGAAGACCAGCAACACCGUGUUGUUGUAUAAAAAGGGAGAUCCACAUGACAUCGGCAACUAUCGCCCAAUCUGCCUACUGUCCGUCAUCUACAAGCUCUUUACAAGAGUAAUCCUUAAUAGGAUUGAAAAAGUCUUGGAUGAAGGACAGCCAUGCGAGCAAGCAGGGUUUCGAAAAGGAUUCAGCACGAUUGACCACAUUCACACUGUUUCGAAACUCAUCGAGGUAUCACGAGAGUACAAGAUGCCGCUCUGUCUCACCUUCAUCGACUUAAAGAAGGCUUUCGACUCGGUUGAGACGGAAGCGGUCGUGGAAGCCUUGGACAGCCAAGGCGUCCCUACUCAGUAUAUAAAGGUACUUCGAGAGUUGUACAGUAACUUCACGACCGGAAUUUCGCCAUUCUACAAGAACAUCAUCAUUGACGUGAAGAGGGGGGUCCGACAGGGUGAUACAAUUUCACCCAAAAUAUUCACAGCCACCCUCGAGAACGCAAUGCGAAAGUUGGAAUGGGACGACAUGGGAGUGAAGGUUGAUGGUCGGCAGCUACACCAUUUGCGCUUUGCUGAUGACAUCGUACUGGUAACACCUAGCAUCAGCCAAGCGGAACGAAUGCUGACCGAAUUCGACGAAACAUGUGGAUGCAUCGGUCUUCAGCUGAAUCUACAAAAGACGAUGUUCAUGCGGAACGGAUGGGUCUCGGAUGCCCCAUUCACGCUCAACGGAACGAACAUAUCCGAAUGCACCAGCUACGUUUAUCUGGGUCGGGAACUGAACAUGAUGAACGACCUGACCCCCGAGCUGGGCAGGAGGAGACGAGCGGCUUGGGGAGCGUGCAAGAGCAUCGAGGAUGUAGUGAAGAAGACCAGGAACACCCGGCUCCGUGCUCACCUCUUCAACACCACCGUACUUCCUGCUUUGACCUAUGCUUCGGAAACCUGGGCAUUUCGCAAGCAGGAAGAAAACGCGGAGCUAAAAAAUAACAAUAAUAGAAAUGUCCCCGAGCACAACAGAAUGGACAAAAAAGUGAACGAAAACACUCUGCUUGAAGAUAAAACCCAGACGACACAAUCAGCGCAUCAGGAACCGAACAAUGCUACAAAAUCAAAACCGGGCACUCCAGGCAGUAAGAAUCUUGAUUUACAAACAACAAAACCUGGAACUGGAAGAGCGAGAAAGACUGCUGGAACCGCACCAAAAGAAAGAUCAAAAGAGAAAAUCGGCUUCCUGCAACGAUCAAGGCUAUCGCUAUUGUUACCGAUUGGGAUAAGAAAAGAUAACGAACCUGAUCCAGGUGAGAAGAAAAUUGCAACUAGAAAGAAACUAACAAAGCAAGGCAAUGAAAAAGCGAAGAAUUCACCUGCACCACAAAAUGGGAGCGAAGAAGAGUCUGACACCCUGAAAAGCGUAAAAAGCAUAGACAACGAAGAGGCGCCAGCUGAGCAGGCUAAAAAAUUGCGGACGCGAACUCGGAAGUCAGAAAUGGCGUGCAAUGUUAAGUAA